CGCCUCCCCCUCCGCGCCUCAAUCUCGGAUCUUCUGCUGCAGCGUCAGCUCCGCCGCCCCCUCUUUUCUUCUUCCUCGGCUCCGCCCCCUCCUCCGCCGCCCUCCUGCUCCCCGAGGUCUCUGCCUGUGGCCCGGAGUCCGCACGGAGCCCGGGGCCGCCGGCUGCCAUGCUGCCCGGCCGGCGGCGCUGAAGGAUGGCGACGCCCGUGCCCCCGCCUGCGCCGCGCCACCUGCGGCUGCUUCGGCUGCUGCUCUCCGGCCUCGUCCUUGGCGCGGCGCUGACCGGGGCCACCGCCAGCCGCCCGGAUGCAGCUGCCUGCCCAGGGAGUCUGAACUGUGCCCUGAAGAGGCGGGCAAGGUGCCCCCCGGGUGCUCAUGCUUGUGGGCCGUGCCUUCAGUCCUUCCAGGAAGACCAACAGGGGCUCUGUGUGCCCAGGAAGCGCCGGCUACAGGGGGAGGGGCCAUCCCCACCCAGGCUGGAAGAUGAGAUCGACCUCCUGGCCCAGGAGCUGGCGCUGAAGGAGGCCGGGCACUUACAGCUGGUGCCACAGCCCCUCAAGGACCAACCUCGGCUGCUGGAGCCUGCAGUUACCCUGGGGUUCUCAGAACGUGGUCAGAGACCCAAGCCCGGCCUGCCCUCACCUCAGGGAGCCCCCACGCCCACACCCCGCACCUCCUUGGGCUCCCCAGUGUCUUCUGGGCCAGUGCACAUGGCGCCCCUGGAGCCCUGGGGUGGACGUGGCGAUGGCCUCGCCCUUGUACUCCUUGUGGUGUUCUGCAUGUCUGGCGCUGCUGCCCUGGCUGUGGCCACAUUCUGCUGGUGCAGGCUGCAGCGAGAGAUCCACCUGACCCAGAAGGCUGACUACACAGCUGCAAAGGCACCCAGCUCACCCAGGACACCCCGGAUCUCGCCUGGGGACCAGAGGCUGGCGCAUAGCGCGGAGAUGUACCAUUACCAGCACCAGAGGCAGCAGAUGCUGUGCCUGGAGCGGCACAAGGAGCCCCCCAAGGAGCUGGAAUCCAUUUCCUCAGAUGAGGAGAACGAAGAUGGUGACUUCACAGUAUAUGAGUGUCCUGGCCUCGCACCGACUGGGGAGAUGGAGGUGCGCAACCCGCUGUUCGACCACACCUCUCUGCCAGCGCCCCCGCCGGAACCCUGCUCUGCACCCCCGCUGCAGUGACUGAGGCUGUGCCUGCUGCUCGCUCACUGUUGCCCACGAUGGCAGGAGCCUUGGGAAGUACGCUGCUGACCACGCCAGUGCCAUGGCUGGCACAGGCCCAGAGCCCUCACCCAAGAGAGCCCCUUUGCAGGCUGAAAGACCCUGACACCCCCCAAACUGGAAGGCGUGGGGAGGACCCUAGAGCCCAGGUGCAGGUGGGGAUUUCUGGAGACAGAAGCCAAUUAAAUACCUUUCUUGCCUGUG